GUUUCGAAAGCGGUUCAGUAUGAACUUUCUCAACCCCCGACUGAUGCGGUCUCCUCUCUCGCAUUUGCGUCUGGCGUGCCUACGCUAUUAGCUGUGGCCUCUUGGGAUAAAUAUAUUUAUUUGUAUGACAUAUCAGACCAAGAAGCGCAUGGAAAGCUGAUUUCGAAGCACGAACACCGAGCUCCUGUCCUUGACUUGUGCUUUGGGGCCGGCGACUCUCAUAUAUUCACGGCUGGCGUAGACUGUCAGGUUAAAAAGAUAGAUCUAGAAAAUGGAGAUCAAACUGUACUUAGUGUUCAUGGUUCUCCCGUAAAAUCGGUAGUUUACAGUCGCGAGCACGAACUACUAGUUUCUGCUUCAUGGGACUCAACGAUUCAUGUCCAUGAUCUUCAAAAUAUCGAUCGUGAAGCUAUCACAGUUAAAUUACCUGCAAAACCACACUCCCUAUCAAUCACCGCGUCAAAGUUAGUUGUUGCUAUGGCUUCACGCCUAGUUCACAUUUAUGAGCUUAAGGAUUUAAAGAUGAUUUCCGGCAAAGAAGAUGCAACCAAUAAAUCACUUGAACCGUGGCAACAAAGAGAGUCAUCAUUGAAGUUUAUGACAAGAUCAGUAGCUUGUAUGCCGAAUGAUGCAGGGUAUGCAACGAGUAGCAUUGAGGGAAGAAUUGCUGUUGAGUGGUUUGAUCCCUCAAGCGAAUCCCAGGCACGAAAAUAUGCUUUCAAGUGUCAUCGACAAGCGGAUACAGAAGGUGAAGGUGUUGAUAUCGUUUAUCCCGUGAAUGUGGUCGCAUUUCAUCCUAUUCACGGAACUUUUGCAUCGGGAGGCGGAGAUGGAAUUGUGUCAUUGUGGGAUGCCGAUGCCAAGAGAAGAAUUCGUCAAUACCAGAAGUACCCAGCAAGUAUUUCAGCUCUGGCGUUUUCGUGCGAUGGAAAUUACAUGGCUGUUGGGGUUUGUCCUGGUUUUGAAAAUGGCCAGGAAGAGUAUACUGGUGAAGGGGCCACUCAUAUCUUCAUCAGAGAGCUUGGUGCCAACGAAGCUAAGGGGAAGCGGUCGAAGUAA